AUGGUCGGCUUCCUAACCUUUGGGCCUGUUAUUCGGGCGUCUGGUCAGGCCAAGCCCCGGCGCUUCUUCAAAGGCGACGAGACGAAGGAAAAGUACAAGUUGGAUGUGGUGAACUUCUUUGAUUUCGUCAUCGUGGUGUUAAGGGCCUUCGACCUCUGGUUACUCACGCCCCUGGGCCGGGCAGAGUCCGGGCUGAAGUUCCCCAGCGUCUUCAGGAUUAUGCACAUAAGUACGUUCGUCCACGAGAUUCAGUUGUGGAAGGGCUUCCGUGAGCUAUGGAUCGUCAUCUCCUUGCUGCGAGAGACGUUGCUGACGCUGUUUUGGUGCGGAUUCCUCAUCGUUGGCACCACCUGGGUCAUCUCCGUGCUGAUUACCAUCUCGGUUCUGACCGAUCCCAAGCUGGACUUCGACCUUAGCCGAACCGUCUGGACCAAAGAGGACUACUGGGGCUCUGUAGGAGCGUGGCCGAUCCACCAGUGGGAUGUGGUGGCUGUGCCAAGACUCCGUUUCUGUCCGAUCGUCUUCGAAAGCACAGCCCCCAAGUGUGGAAGCUCCUCGUUCUCGUGGCAGGGUUACACCCCCGACGAGGACCACCAUGCUGGGCGCGUGCGGCCGUGGCGAACGAAAUGCAGACGGCUUGUAGCAUUCCUGAGCCCUGAAACGAGUCAUCGUGAAGAUGACACACAGAUCACGCCCUACCUGGCCAGCCUGGUCUCUGAGGUCUUCAUCCUACCCCUUAGUUGGAAUUGGUUUCUCAACCAGUUGGAUGGGCUUUGGUCAUGCAGGGGCAAGGCCGAACCACCUGCCGGAGACAAGACACCCUGGGCCUUCAGCUACAACGACGGAUGGACUUACGUUGGACGAGUACGGCUUGGACGGAAACUCGUGAUGAACCUGAAGGACCCCUCAGCUUCCCGGCGGGGUGACGACUGUGAGACGAUUGAUGAAUCCGACCUCACCGAGGAAGAGUAUGCGAAGUUUCUUUGCGCACUGUUGGAGAUGGAGGGGAGAAACGACAUGCCCAUCGCCCGCAAGGUCAAUUACCAGGGAGCACGCUUCGAGGCACUACCGAAGUACCACUUUCGUGGUAUCGUCCCUUUUGGCGGGAAAGCGCAUAUCGCAGCAGCCCUCGAUCAGGAGCUCUAUGCCCCAGAGGAGAGGAAUCUGGGUGGCCAGGGCCGAACAGCAAUGGCUUCCUUGGUUGGUCUCAAGGUGCGCCCUCUUGGGCCUUCACAGCCCUGGUUCACUGGCUUGGUGGUUUGCGAGCCGGAAGACAGAAACAACAUCACUCUGACGCCGACCAUUCAGCAGAACCUCUUGCAGAUGACGAGAACGCCGAAGGUGUACGAUGCUACGGCCAAGGCUCUUGUCGACGAGCUCCUUCUGACGGUCUCCAAGAAUUGCACCAAUGAGAGGGACUUGAAGAUGACUUUCGUCGCAAACGCACUGAGGCCAAGCGUCACCGGGCAAGCGCAAGAGCAAAAGCUGAGAGGGCUGAAAGGCUGGGAGAGAUUCCAAGCCUUGCCACCUACCAAGAUUAUCCUGGAUGCAGAGACGCGUCAGCGCAUGAUCGCCGAAGAGGUCACUCGCCUCAGUGACAAGAUCUUCAAGUUUUCUCCCCUCCGUCCUGGUCGAGUUCGAGAUGAGAGCCCUUUCCAGAAGCUGGAGCCGCCAAUGCUUGUCGUCGGCAACAAAAAGUCUGUCAGUGGUUCCGAGAGACCCACAAAAGCACUCUUUCAAUUAGACCGUGCCGGCUCCUUCAAAGUCAAGCCGACCGCGCCUGUGCGACUGGGCGCUGCCACCUUUAGCGCCAACCCUUCACAGAAGACCUUCGUGGAGACGGUCUUAAGAGACGUCAGACGGCUGUUGGAGAAGCUCGGCUUAACGGUGGCCGACACCUUGACACCAAUCCACAAAGCCGGCUCAACUGAGAAGGACGUCAAAAGCGCUUUGAGGUCCGAAGCCUUAACCCAUGCCGACGCAGUUCUACUAUUUGGCGGGAAGAUGAAUGAUGCGAUCUACAAUCAAGCCAAGUACGAAUGCCUGCGCUCGCAGAACGAUGCCGGGAAACACGUGACGACCCAAUGGUUCGACCUGGGUAAGCGCAACGUGUGGGGCCCGACGUCCAAGACGCUGGAGUGGGCAGAAAAGAUCUGCGCAGUUGGCAUCACUGCCAAGCUCGGCCACGCCCCUUGGGCAAUCGAUGUUCGGCCUUGGUUCCGUCGCCUCGCCCCCAAGGACAUUCGUGCGGGUGUGGUCGGCUACGAUGUGUGCCACCUGCGGAACCCCAACAAUUUCAAGAAGCCCGUAUCGAUUGCCGCAGCCAUCCGGGUGGACAGUGACAAGGACGAGGACCCCUGGCUCUUAAGCCACAUCACCUUUCGCACAGAGCGCGUGCAGGUGGAAACGGUGCCGAGCCAGAGUCUGAAGGAAAUGAUCCCUGCUGACUUUGCCCGCGGCCGCCUGAUAGUCAUCCAUCGGGACGGCGAGUUUCCGAAGGCGGAGCUGACAUCGCUGCGAGCCUACCACGAGGAGCUUGUGGCCAGCGAGGGCGGAAGUGAGACCACCUUCGUCCUGGUGGAGUGCGUGAAGUGGGCCGGGGGAUCACCCAGACUCUACGACGGCACCAAGUCCGCUCCUGCUGGCACGAUGCUGGCUUUGAGUGACAAGGAGGUGCUCCUGGCCUCGAGCAAGGAUAUCUUCCAGGGCACUGCGAACCCCAUCAGUCUGCGACUUGCAGGUGUUCUUGGGGAUGUCGCGCACACCCAGUUCGCGAUGGCCAGGUUCGCUUGGGUGCAGUCCGUUUUCGACCUCAGUUACCUUCAUCAUGGUUCCGUGUUGAAGCGGCCCAGGCUUCCCAUCACUACUCACUUUGCCGACCGAUUGGCUUACAUGCUCUCUGCAUUGGGCAAGGAUGGCGGCGAGUGGGAGAGCGAGCUGACCGCCGUGUCUGAGGGCACCGAUGACGGUUGUGGUGAUGGCAGUAACGCGAGAGAGCCCGAUCAUGAUGACGAAACAGCAUGCAAUAAGAGCAACGAGGACAAAGAGGCCGAGAUGGUCAUGGCUUCCUUGAGGCAAAUCUUCCGCGAGGCCGACGAGGACGGCUCGGGAGAUCUGGACCACGGGGAGCUGCGUGCGGCCCUAGGAAAGUUCCGCGUGCGAGAUCGAUUGAAGUUGCUGCAGAUCCCUUACCCAGACCUUGAGAUGCUCUUCCUCCUCCUGGAUGAGGACAACAAGGGCGUCAUCAAGUGCGACUACUUCUUCCGUGGUGUCGCAAAACUGCGUGGCCUUGCCAAGGCCAAGGACCUGCAUCAGUUGUCCAUCGACCUCAACCGGCGAAUGUUGUGGGUGGAUGAAAGCACUUCGAAGAUUUCAGAAGCGAACGACAUCCUGAUGGACAUGGUCGAUCACCUGGACGAGAUGGAUACACACAUUGUCAAAGGAGAGUCCGAUGGCAAAGAUCCAGUAAUCGCGGCCAGGCGAGGUAGAGAGCCAGUCUCCAAAGGGCGUAUCCUACGUGGUGUUUGGAAAGAUGGCCGGCCCAUGCGCCAGGGCUCAAAAAAUCCUUGGAUCGACUUCGAGGAGUUGCAGAAAGAUGCCAAGGAGAUACGCAAGAAGAACGCGUCGAAGCGGCGUGCAGAGGCGGAGGCGAAGCGACUCGCUGAGGCGAAGCCGAAGAAGAAGCGCAACAGCCUUGACGACGAUCAGCCAACUCCCCCGCCGCUCCCGGCACAUCUGCAGAUCCUCAAGGAAGACCGCGACAGGAGAAAGAACGAGAAGUUCGUUGUCAAGCAGAAGAAGAAGAGGGCUUUCACCACGGGGUGA